CAAAGUGAGAAAUCAACCAAAACCUCAAUUUAGCCAGUCUUUGGAACUUGCAUCACCAAACACACCCAAAGAACGGCACCGUACAUCGUCGUCAAAAUGGUCAACAUUCCCAAGACCCGCAACACCUACUGCAAGGGCAAGGAGUGCCGCAAGCACACCCAGCACAAGGUCACCCAGUACAAGGCUGGCAAGGCCUCCCUGUUCGCCCAGGGUAAGCGACGAUACGACCGCAAGCAGUCCGGUUAUGGUGGUCAGACCAAGCCUGUCUUCCACAAGAAGGCCAAGACCACCAAGAAGGUUGUUCUGCGAUUGGAGUGUGUCAAGUGCAAGACCAAGCUCCAGCUGGCGCUGAAGCGAUGCAAGCACUUCGAGCUUGGUGGUGACAAGAAGACGAAGGGUGCUGCUCUGGUGUUCUAAGUGCUUUGUGUUUGGGGUCUCAGGGUCACCAUUUCUAUGCUUACCUCGGCGGCAUUUGGGCAUCAUGGAUGGACACAGGCGAAAGGAGGUACACGCCCUCGAUUUGAGGCAUGUUUCAUAGGGAACGAAUGAAAAAAAACUCUCUGUGUUGCACCAACACGAAUUUUCUGAAGCAAAGCAUAAUAAAGUGCGUUCAUGGUGAUGAACCAUUUUCAAGGGUUGAGCCAUUACCCCUCAACGUCAAGCGGGAUAGGGCCCGUGAGUCAUGGUCAUGGUUGAGAAAGCUUCAAAACAGCAACGAUGUAUCGGUCUAUAGGUAUAAAGCUCUGAUGCUAUUCUAAAACCCUUCACCCAGCAU